AUGGACCCAUUCAAUCAAGUUUACAGCGAUGCACUCGGCCAAUUAUCAGCUGCUGCCAAAUUGAUUGAAGAUCAUCAAACAAAUCCUAGCGGCUUUCAUAUCGAAGAUCUCAACAAUAUUAUUCAAGAACUGGUAGAGACUAUCCAUGAUUUAUCACAAAGUAUGGGAGCCAUCCAGAGCCAACCACAAAAUUUUGGAUUAACAGAUCACGAAGUUCAACAACGCAUUUCUCAGGUUGGGUAUUUAAAUCAGCAGCUCAUGGAUCUACAGCAAAAGGUCAUCGAAAUCCGAGAAACUGUCAGUAGUAAAAACAAUGCCAGCAGCUCAAAUACGAACGCAGGCAACACACAAAGUCAGCUAUUCUCUUCAAACCAGGCUUCUCUUCCUCAGUCCAAUGAUGAUCCAAGUACCACAGAAAUAAACUAUAAUCCAAAUACCACCAGCUCUCUGCUAUACCAACAGGAGCUUGAGAAUCAAGAUACACUCCUGGACUCUGUUUACCACACCGUUAAUAACCUUAAUCAGCAAGCAAGUCAAAUGACUCAAGAACUUCACGAGCAGUCUACAAUUAUUGAAGACUUCGACAGACAUGUCGACACUGCGCAAGAUAAAUUACGUCGCGGUAUGAAACGCGUCGAUUGGGUAAUUCGCAACAACCAAGAAACUCUCAGCUCAUGUUGUAUCACCCUUCUUAUAUUAGUUCUUUUUAUACUACUAAUCUUAUUAAUUGUCCUUUAA